CUCAUUCGAAAAGUUGUUUACCGGGAAACCGGAACUAUGACUUUUAAUUAAUGAUAUUGUUAAACGAUAAUUGUAAACAUAGUUUUGACUCUCAGGUUUUAACCAACGGUCCAUACACUAUGGAACCAGGUAAAAUUCGUAAGCUGGAUGAAGUCGUCGUCAAUAGAAUCGCAGCAGGUGAAAUUAUCCAAAGACCGGCGAAUGCUCUCAAGGAGAUGCUGGAGAAUAGCUUAGAUGCUAAGGCGACCAGCAUACAAGUAGUGGUGAAAUCUGGCGGCUUAAAAUUACUCCAAAUUCAAGACAACGGUACCGGUAUUCGUCGUGAUGAUUUGGAGAUAGUUUGCGAACGUUUUACAACAUCCAAGCUGCAAAGCUUCGAAGACUUAUCCUCGAUUGAUACGUACGGAUUUCGAGGGGAAGCUCUCGCAAGUAUAAGUCAUGUGGCUCAACUCGCUAUAACGACAAAAACCCGAGGGGAAAAAUGCGCGUACAAGGCGGCUUACGAGGACGGCAGGUUGAAAGGAGCUGUCAAGCCUUGCGCGGGAAAUCAAGGAACACAAAUAACAGUAGAGGAUUUGUUUUACAAUGUUCCGAUGCGUAAACAAGCAUUGAAGGCACCAAAUGAGGAAUAUCAGAAAAUUCUUGAUGUUGUCUGUAAAUAUGCAAUACAUAAUCCGCAGACUGGGUUCAUUCUCAAAAAAUUCGGGGAAAAUGCAUCGAUACGCACCCAGCCAAAGUCUACCAUCGAGAGUAAUAUAUCCCUUGUGUAUGGACCCUCGAUCGCAAAGUCACUGCUGAAAAUUGCUGUCCACGACGAAGUUUUACAGCUUGAGGUCGAUGGUUUUGUCACGAAUGUUAAUUUCUCAACAAAGAAAGGAGCCUUUUUACUGUUCAUUAAUCACCGUGCGGUACAGUCCAGCAAUUUGAAGAAGGCAAUAGAUCAGAUUUACUCGCCCUACCUCCCGAAGGGAAUGUCGCCCUUUGUUUAUCUAUCCAUUAAUUUAAAUCCCAACAAUGUAGAUGUUAACGUUCAUCCAACGAAACAUGAAGUUCACUUUUUACAUGAAGAGGAAAUCGUGGAAAAAAUCAGGGAUUCUGUGGAGCACGCUCUGCUUGGCGGGAAUGAAUCCAGGACAUUUUAUACUCAGGCUCUACUGCCAGGAGCUUCCGAACCGGUCGAUUCGGCCAAGCUGAAUGAAACUGUUGGAGAUAAAACUUUAGUUUACAAAUUUGUACGCACCGAUCAUAACGAUCAGAAACUCGAGAAGUUCUUCGGCCUCAACAUUUCUCGGAAUGCUAGUAUUACGGAAUCUCUCAAUGAGAGUGGUAUUGAGAAACAUUCUGUACGUUCGAAAAAGCAAGAACUCAAACAAGACACAAAACUUACAAGCGUCCUGAAAUUACGCAAAGCAGUUGAAGAUGACUGUGAUUGUGACCUGCGGAACAUCUUUAGCGAGCUUACUUUUGUAGGUGUUGUAGAUCGCACGAAUUCGUUGAUUCAGUACGACACGAAAAUGUUCCUGAUUUCAACCAAAAUGCUGGCCGAAGAACUCUGCUAUCAGAUGUUGCUGUACGAAUUUGGAAAUCUCACUAGAAUGUCUUUCACAUCCCCCUUACCACUCAUGGAAUUGGCUUUGCUUGGGUUACAGGAUCCGGAGAGCGGCUGGACCGAAGAGGAUGGCCCAAUGCAUGAAUUAGCAGAUCGCGUAGUGGAAAUUUUGAGCAGCAAGGCCCCGAUGAUGAAGGAAUAUUUCAGCAUUUGUAUUAGCGAAGAUGGGAUGCUCGAAUCGAUUCCGGUUAUAAUCAAUGACUACAUUCCUUCCAUGGCAUACCUACCUUUGUACAUGUUACGGCUAGCGACAGAAGUGGAAUGGGACGAGGAACAGGAAUGCUUUCGAACGUUUUGUCGUGAAACGGCUAUGUUCUACGCGAAGAUUGCUUUAGGAAAAAGCGAGCAAGAGUAUAAAUGGGAGAUAGAGCAUGCGAUUUGCCCCGCAUUGAAACAAAAACUUUUACCACCUAAAUUGUUCGCUCGAAAUGGUUCAGUAUUACAAAUGGCGAAUCUACCGGAUCUCUAUCGUGUUUUCGAACGUUGUUGAGCGUGUUAUGUAUGAAGUUAGUUGUUAAUUAAAUAUAGCAUAUCUGGAUAUAAUUGAAAAAUUGCACAUGCUAAUUAUAUAUGUCUGCUAUUUUCCGUUAUCGUUGAUUCAUUCUGUGUUUUACGACCGCUUUAAGGGGGCUCAUUAGGGUGUCAAUGAAGAUGGUCAUCUCGAAUUUCAAAAAAG